AUGGGACAAAUGACAAACAAGAAAGAAGAAGAAGAAGAGGAGGAGGAGGAAGAGCAGGAGCAAGAUGGAGUUUCAGUGCAUUCUCCUUGCAAAAUAAACUCUUCCUCGCUUCGCAAUGAGAAAUCAGAGGUUGAAUUGGAAUUGAGACUGCUUGAAGCUCUGCGAAUAUACCCCCCUCCAAAUUUCGAGUUUAGUGAUGGAUUGAUGUAUUUGUUGUUGAUCACAGGCGUACACCGUCACUUUCUGCUUUAUGGUCUGACUGAAUACAUGCGCAAAAGUUUCAACCGUCCGUUUACUUCAGAGGAUGUUAUUAAGUUGCUGGAGCGAUUUUUCAACCUUGAAAUGGUGAAGCCAGAUGAUGAAGAUGCAGAGUUUCUGACUCACGAGGAAGACUUUCGCCUGCCACAGAGUUUUUUGCCUGAGGAAGAAAGCUGA